UAAACAUGGCCCUGUGCUCCGCGCGUCUCAUCCUUUCUAAAAUUCCAAAAAGAAAACCUAAUCAUCACGGUUGUCCCCAGCGAAGCCUAGGAACAUCAGCAGUAUUGAAUGCUAAGAGGAUAGUGGAAAGGCAGGAAGAUGGAGUAACGGUGAUCAAAGGCGAAUUCGUGGAAUCGCCCCAUGCCGCAAACCUGAUCUCGUCCACGAAACCGGGCUGCUCCUUGUGUCGAUUGGGGAUCGACCGAGUCACGCAUGACGAUGUCCUAAUCCUUUCUCAAUUCAUGGAUAGCAAGGGCAAAAUGCUACCAAUGGAGGUCACCAAGCUCUGCUUGAAGCAACACCGGCGCGUUUCCUCGGCGCUUUAUCAAGCUCAGAGAUUGGGCCUCAUUAAAACAGAGGAACAUGCACCGCGAGAGAGGUGGCAAGAGCUCAACAACUACUUUGGAAAAACGAGGACGCGAACGGACUUCGGCAAGCCGAAAAUCGAUAUCAGAGAGUUCUUGAGGAAACCCACAAUGAAACCUUUCUGGAAAGCUUGACGCUCACCGUGAUACCGCUGCCCAAUAAACUACCUAGUUAAUU